UCGACAUGAGAACAGUGUAAAGUAUUCCAAGGCCAAGCUUGGCCAGUGUAGAUAAAUCCCUGCUUUCCCAAGCCGCUACAAAUAACAUUCAGCCAUUCCUCUGCAGUGAGAGCGAGAGUCCAGCGCUAACCCUAGUCUGCAGUCAUGCCUCUGGUGUUGUGUGUCGUAGUCGUGCUGUUCGGGUGUCCUCUUGGGAAGAUGUUUGUUCUCCAUCCUACACCUGAGGCAUCUGCUGUGAAAGCCAACAGAUGCAGAGAACUGGAAAUCAGGAAAAUCCUUCUGGAAUCUUUAAACCUCCAGCAGGAACCUCGUGUGUCCAUGUCGAAGAUGAAUCGUCUGCGUGAGCAGUGGAAAGCCACUUACAAAAGCACCACGCCAUCCUCACCAGGAGGUAACUCAACGUUCACUGAGGACUCCAGAAUCUCAACGUGCUCCAAACAUUCCUCACAGGUUUUCAUUAAAGAUCUGGGCUGGGAGCGCUGGGUGGUUUAUCCAGAGAGCAUCACUUUCGUCCAGUGCCAAUCCUGCUCUGAGAGUCCAGGCGCGUCGGCGCAGUGCUGUAAGCCGACCGCUCACGACAUCGUCCUGUUUCUCUACAUGGAUGAAUGGAGCAGUUUGGUUCUGUCCUCAGUGAGUCUGACCCGGGAGUGCGGCUGUGACCCUGGAGAGGAAACACAGGAUCCUGAGGUCAUGGCCCUGUCUUAGAAAGCCUUCCUGACCCACUGGUCACGCUGAUCUGUGUGAUUAUUGGCACAGAGCAACAGAAAUGAAGUAGAGAAGCACAGCUCUUGGGAUUUGUAGGUUUAUGGCUUAGCAAACAUAUUUAGCAUCUUUUGACUUUUGCUGCUGUUGAGAGGUCAGAGUCUAAGACUCUUGUGGCCUUUAAGAGUGUUUUUGAAAAUAAUGUAGAAACAUAUAAAGUUCUCAGAAGACAUUAAGUUCUCAAUCUAAGCCUGUUAUUUAACAUUCAUAGAAAUGCACAAAGGACCUUCUGUUACAAAUAAAUGCAAGGUCAAAUCUGUUUUUAACUUCAGGCUUUAAUGUAGUCUGGCUUGAUUUCAGCGGCCAGCGAAUGUUCCCUAAAAAAAUGUUGUCAAGCAGCUCUGCCAGAACUUUUGCCCGUGUGAAUCUGAGGACUAAUAAAAGGUUACAUUCAAAAUGUCCUUCCCUUAAAUCAUGUUUCGUAACAUGAUUUCCAUUGUUUGAGAAAAUACCAAAACCAUUUCAUGCAAACCAGGAACGGCAAACUAACACUUUCAACUUGUAUUUAACAAGAUUUACACUUUAUAUCAAAUGUAUCAGCAGAAUGUUUUAUUAUAGAAAGCUUUCAAGAAUAAAGAUGUG